UUUGACCACUAACAACCAUGACAUUACAUCAGAGCCGCCUAUCAUUUGGCCGACCAAAAGCAGCUUUGGUGGCGUCAGGCGGUAAUUCAGCCAGGGACAAGAAUGUAGACCAACAAAGUUCAGAUUCACGGACAAAUGCUGAUAAUACCAUUGGAUCUGGGGGUACAAGUGCUAAGGCUGUCCAGGAAUCGGCAAUGGAAGAGGAUACUGAAGGAGAUACCUUCAAAGUAAAGAAGAGGUCUCGUCGAACAAUCCAAUCCGAUGAUGAAAUAGAAGAAGCAGCAGUGAAAGUCAAUGAGACCAAAAUCCACUCUAUGCAAGAGCAAAAAGAGGAAGAGCUUGCAGCUACAACGAAAAAACUCAAACUGGACUCAAUUUUGCCUUGCGAAACAAAAGGAUCGAUAACUGAUUCAUCACCUGAACCAAAACUAAAGAAAUCUGAACCAAUGGAGACCAUAGAUUCUGAAGAAGUAAAAGAUCGUAAUGACGAAGCAGAUGCACAAGUGAAUGAAAUCGAGCAACUGCAAGAAGCUGUUGAGAUCAAACAAGCUGCAGCCAAAUGGGCUGACAUGUUGUCAAGUUCGAAAGACAUGGACUCGGCAUCAUGGAAGAAAGGCGAGCCUGUUCCAUACGCGGCUCUGUGUCAGACGUUUGAACAGAUUGAAGGAACAACAAAACGUCUCCAGAUUUUGGACUAUCUUGUUAAGUUUCUGAUUGCUGUUAUUAGACAGAGUCCAGAGAGUUUGCUUACCGUCAUCUAUCUUUCCAUCAAUAAGCUUUGUCCGGAGUACGAAGGAAUUGAACUGGGAAUUGGAGAAUCGUUACUCAUGAAAGCCAUUGCAGAGUCAACUGGACGAGAAAUGAAAAAAAUCAAAGCCGACUAUGCCGAGAUUGGAGAUCUUGGUGCUAUUGCCAUGAACAGUAGAAGUAACCAACCAACAAUGUUUAAGCCUAAAGCUCUGACUAUAUCGCAUGUUUUCAAGACCCUCAAAGACAUUGCCUCAUUAUCAGGAAACUCAUCUCAAAAACAAAAAGUCGACAAGAUUAAGCUGCUCCUAGUAUCCUGUCGUAACAAAGAGGCCAAAUACCUUAUGCGCUCUUUGGAAGGCAAAUUGAGGAUUGGGCUGGCAGAGAGGACUGUCGUUGUUGCUUUAGCACAGGCUAUUGUUCUGUCUAGACCUGAUAUAAAGAAAUUAUCUAAGGAAAAGUUGCAAGUUGAACUUGAGGAUGCUGCAUCAGUCGUCAAGUCUGUAUACAGUGAGUUGCCAUGCUAUGAUCUAAUUGUCCCGGCGCUUCUCAAAGAUCAUAUCAAAGGACUUCAAGAAGCAUGUAAAUUAACUCCUGGCAUCCCUCUGAAACCCAUGUUGGCACAUCCAACAAAGGCACUGACAGACAUUUUGGACCGGUUCGAAAGUAUUCCAUUUACCUGCGAGUAUAAAUACGAUGGUGAGCGCGCACAAAUCCAUAAGCUAAAGGAUGGAAGUAUGAAAAUCUACAGCCGAAACUCAGAGAAUAUGUCAAACAAAUAUCCCGAUGUCAUGGAGCGGCUACACAAGUUCGCUAAACCAGAUACAGAAUCAUUUGUUUUGGAUUGCGAGGCAGUUGCCUGGGAUCGUGAACAAAAGUGCAUUCUGCCUUUCCAAGUUCUGAGCACACGUAAGCGCAAGGAUGUCAAAGAAGAGGAUAUCAAGGUUCAGGUUUGCAUCUUUGCGUUCGAUUUAUUAUACUUCAACGGCGAAUCACUUCUUCGUGAGCCCCUUGAGAAACGUCGUGAGUUGCUGUUGACGCACUUUAACCAAGUCGAUGGAGAGUUUGCUUUCGCAAAAAGUAUGAACUCGACUCAAAUCGAGGACAUUCAAACCUUCCUUGAUCAAAGUGUUGCUGAAAAUUGUGAAGGAUUGAUGGUGAAAACACUGAAUGGCACGGAGGCAACCUAUGAGCCUUCAAAAAGAUCCCGAAACUGGCUCAAAGUUAAGAAAGACUAUCUCUCAGGAGUAGGGGAUUCCAUUGACCUAGUUGUGAUUGGUGCAUACGUGGGUCGAGGUAAGCGUACAGGAGUUUAUGGGGGAUAUCUUUUAGCCUGCUAUGAUCCUGAUCGCGAGGUGUACCAAUCCAUUUGCAAGAUUGGUACUGGAUUCAGCGAGCAAGAUUUGGAGGAUCAUUAUAAGGAGCUCAAGGAACAUGUUAUCCCUGAACCAAAGUCAUACUAUAUGCUGGGCGAGGGUAACAGACCCGAUGUCUGGUUUGCCCCUGUCCGUAUCUGGGAAAUUAAAUGUGCGGAUCUAUCUGUCAGUCCUGUUUAUAAGGCAGCGGUUGGCAUUGUAGAUCCAACCAAGGGUAUCUCGCUCCGGUUCCCGAGAUUCAUUCGUGUCCGUGAUGAUAAACAGCCGGAGAAUGCGACCACGAGCGAGCAGAUUGCUGAUAUGUACAAUGACCAAAAAUUGAACACGGUUAAAAAUGGAUCGAGCUUGGGUGUUGACAUGGACUAUGACUAUUAGCACCUGAAAUG